AUGCCGUUUUUCCAGCUUAACCUCCGUGCUUUCAUCUCAGCAUACAUGCUUUCGAGCUGCACAACCUCCACUGAUGCGUAUCAGGACAGAUUUGAGAUAGUACCGGAAGAGUACGUUGGUCUCCUUUGGACUCACGAGUCGAUCGAAGUUGCGGUCUUCAAGCAAGUGUAUUCACAAGGGAGAUUUUUGUGUCCUUGGGAUCUGGGAAAUCGUCUCCAAGUAUACUUAUACAUUCUUAUGCGCUUAUCUACAGAAGCCCAACUAUCGUGGGCACAAAGACUGGUCAGCUCUGUAGGUUAG